AUGCAAAAAAAAUGGUUCAAGGUCUCUCUCAAAUCACGAAUAUCGAGUAAUAAAGCAGUUCAACGGCGCGAAGCUCAGCUUGAAAAUGUGAUGAGAUUGCGGAGCGAGAAUCAAGCUCGUCUCACCGACUGUAUCGCCCUCCAAUUCCAUAGCGAAACACCAUAUGUUCAUCGGAUGAUAGCUGUAGACGAUGUGACACUCGAAAUAGAUGUGCAACUUCAGCGGAUAGAUGGCGCAGUUCACAGAGAACCUGGUGAAUCAACAUAUUCAUAUCUAACAAGGAUUCGCCAAAAAGUGCCUUCAAUCCCGUUGAACGUCAUCCAACGGGUUUCAUUUCUUCAAGAAGCUGCCCGUUAUCGACCAGAGAAAUUUGAAAAAGCACAUUUAACUGAGCUUCAGCUGUUGCUCAAAGAAAUUCUCAAGAUUUUGUCUGCCGAAUAUACAUCACUGCAGACGUUUGCCGAAGGCGGACAAAGUCCGCGCGGUGUCGUUGCUUCGGUUUAUCAGAAAAUCAUGCCGAGCAAUGUGAACGCGAAACGAAGGAGGAAUAAGCUUGGAGGAAGUGAUGGAGCCCGUCUUCUUCUAUCUAAGGAAGCUCAGGAGCAAGUGAGUCUCCUAUCUCCGCUUACAUCUGCGGACGGCUCUCCGGUUGGCCGCCUACGUCGACAAUCCGAAUCGCAUUGUAUUCAUGAUUUAAUCCUGAAAACAAUGACGAACACGGCGAAUUAUUUGGGAUUCGGCAGAAAAUGCCGAAAUGGUGGAAAAUUGACCGAAGCGAAUUAUUGUAAAUGCCCACAAUUUUAUAAGGGCGAAGAAUGCGAAACGAAAAUUUGUUUGAAUGGAGGCGUCUUGGAAAAAGUGGUGAAGCCCGUUCGUCAAGUUUGCAAUUGCCCGAAUAGCACUUAUAUUCACGGUGAGCAUUGCGAAAAACCGACGUGUGCGAACAACGGAAUUCUGAGAGUUUAUUCGAAUAAGACGUUCGAAUGUGAUUGCUCGAAAUUGCGAUUCUACGAAGGCCGAUUUUGCGAGAAGACGAUGAUUCCGACGAGCACGAUCUUCAUAGCGCUCUUCUUCUUCACUAUAAUCCUUGUCGCAUGUGUUUGUCAGAUGAAUUUAUGCAAGAAACGAACGCAUCCGCGAAUUCCGGUGUCGAGAACUGUGGAGCAGGAGAGACGACGAAGACGUCUCCGACAGCUGCAACGCGCUCAGCAGGACAUCGACGGAUUAUUAACAUUGGAUCAUGGGGUGGUGCGAAGAGCUGCUGCGUAUCCGCAAGGCAUUGUGCAGCCAUAUGUGGUUAGACUUGACACAGUUCCGGUAUUCAAUCCGGAUAUGAUAGGCGGUGUCGAGCCAACAUGCCAAAACAUCUUAGGGCAGAACCCAGUCGAACCGCCUCCAUCAUACAAUCAAGCAAUCACCGCGCCAAGAAUAGCACCGCCCGCGUACACGCCAAUCGAUAUGACGAACGCGAAACCCGACGAAUAA